AUGUUUACAGCAACUGCAUUCAAUAAACUUCCAAUGGGUUUUCAAUAUCCCGUUCAGCAACUACCACCAACGAUAUAUCAAUCGCAAUAUGGCGGAUUUAAUCCUUCAAUUCCACUUUCGUUUCCGCAAGCUUCGUUAUCACGCGGACAAUCAUUACCGCCAGCCAGUAGACAACUUCCACCAUCGAACGGUCAGUUCAUUCAAAAGUCGUCUCGACGAAAUGGUCAAUAUCCACCAGCGGGACCAACUCAACAAAAUGAGCGUCGCCCAAAACAUGGAUCAAAAAAUAAAAAAACUCCUAAACAACGAAAUGUUCCGUCAAGUGGUGCAGCCGAUCAAGGUUUAUAUUCGGACAAAGAAAAAAAUAAUCUAAAAAAUUCUGAAGAUCGUAGUCGAAGCCCAUCGGCUCUAUUGAACAAUCUUCCAAAAGAAACUAAUCAAGAGCAACCAGCUCAAUCAGUUGAAAAAACGAACGGUAACAUAUCACAAGGUGAUACAACAGUUGCCGGAGAAGGACAACAACAAAAUCCUGAUGAGAGAAAAAAACGUAACUCACGUUCAAAGAAAACAAAAAAACAUGAGUCUAAUGAUCCGUAUGAACGCAAUAAUACUUAUUUUGAACAGCCACCUCCUUUCUAUUCUGAUUUGCCAUCACAAUUGAAAGUUCAUCAACAACCGCUUUAUAACAGUUACAAUCAAGUAUACGAAGAAUCGACUCGACGUGGGGAUGGUUUUCAAAAACAAGUUAAACGUUCAACACGCUUACCACCAGAAGCUAAAAAUAAAUUAUUACCACACGAAGAUGAUCCAAAGAAACCAUAUCCAAUAGUUGGAUAUGCUCAAACGCCAUUUACGGAUGUCCAUCCACCAUUUAAUCCUUAUCAGUCCUAUGCUGCUCGACCCAAUUUCUAUGAUCCAACAGCUCCGUUCAAUGCUCGUCAACCGUGGCCAAAUCAAGCAGCGCCUAUUAUUGUUGAAGAACAAAGAAUUGAUCGUUUAAGAAAUCAUAUUCAUUCAUUAGAAAAUGAAUUACAUAAACUACAAAAAAAACUCAGUAAAGCAGCAUUAAAUAUUAAUAAUAAUGAAACAUCAACAAAAGACGAAACUAUGUCAACACAUCGACGAUCAAAACGUGAAAAUUUCGGAUCACCAAGACAAACACCUGUUAUUGUGGAAUUGAAUAACACACAUAAUGAUCAUAGCCGAGAAGCAUCACCGAAAAAACAUCGUCAUCGAACUGAAAGUAAUAAUAGUGUACAUCAGGACAACAAUCUUGUUCAACAAUCAGAUGCAACAUCGUCGAACAUUCCAGCACGUAACCAAAGUCCAGCUCAACCAAAGCCAGAAUCUAAUGAACGUUCACGUUCCGAAGUUAAACAAAUACUGGAAACUGAAGUUAAAAUUUCAGCACCAGCAAGAAGUUCAAUUGAAGAAACAGCUGCACGAUUAGCACAUGCUGCUGCAGCACAUGUUCAGGCUCGUCUACAAAUUCCACCACCUCCACCUGUUCAACAUCCGUUUGUGCCAACACCUGAACAACAACUUCGUGGUUCAACUGUACGUUUACCUGUCAACGGCAGUGUCCCUCCUUCAAAUGACAAAAAUCAACAGCAGCACAGCUCAUCAAAUUUAAAUUAUAAUCAAUCAAAUAAUAAUGAAAUUACUGAUGGCACCGAAAACAACCAUAAUCGUUCAGCCGAAAAAAUUCUCGAUGCAUUCGAGCGUUUCUACAUGAAAGAUGGAAAAUCAGCAACAAACGCAGUGAAAGUUAAAUAUAUACCUGAAGAAAACAAUACUAAUUAUCACCGCCAGCGAAAUACAAAUAACAAUAAUAAAUGUAGAUCCUCAAGUAGAAGUAGUCAAAACUCAUCAUCAUCGUCAUCAUCAUCAACUUGGUCAAGUGCAGAUGAUUCGUCAACAGGAAAUUUCAAUAAAAAAAACAUGUUCAAAAAAUAA